CGGGGAGGCAGUACGAGCGACACUUGUUUACUUGACUCACGUUCCGUUCAAGUUCCGUUCGGUUUCCUCCCUCUUUUAGUCGUCUUUUCCGUUCGCAAGAUGGGUCCAGGGAGGCUGCUGGUCGUCGCGGGGGUGUUGGCGCUGCAGAUGAUCGCCCUGACGCAAGGUAUCAAAUGCUGGUUUUGCAACAGUAUGCUUGACCCGUUCUGCAGCGAUCCCUUUGACAACUCCACUGCCAACCCCAAAGACUGUAGCUUGGAAGAUGACCUUCCUCACCUGCGCGGGGUGCCAGCCACGAUGUGCCGCAAAAUUCGAAUGAAAGUCAAUGGUCAUUGGCGCUAUAAGAGAGACUGCGCACGUCUAGGGGAGGCUGGAGUGGGAGGUGACGCUCGCUACUGCAUCUACCGCACGGGGACCUUCAACAUCCACAUGGAAUAUUGCACGUGCAAUGACAAGGAUGGCUGCAACCCUGCACCUUAUACCACACCAAACAUUCCUCUUGUGUCCGUCGCGUCCAUAGGAGUGGUAACGGCCAUAGGGAGAUUAAUCGUAGGGUAAUGUGAUCCCCCGAGGCAGUUGAAGCUUUUGAUUGACAAAGUCCUGCCUGAGGAUUUGAGAGAACGUGCGACUUUUAUAUGAUGAUGUUGGUUAAGUUUGGAGAAAGUUUGUAGUUUUUUUCUGAAAGCUUUAACAAUGCUGUAUUUGC